CUGGACAGGAGCCAUGCUUCACUUCAUCUCCAGUCUGUGUGCUGAAACAUCCUCAAUGAUCACAGAAUAACCACAAACAAAUAACUGACAUACUGAGCAGAAGGAUGGAGAAAGGCCAAAAGUCAGACCUGGAGUCUGAAUACCAGGUCCCAGAUAACUCUAAAGUACAGAGUCUGGACACGUCCGGGUUCGAGGGGACCGUUGACUCUCUGCAGCAGCUGAUGAAGAGCAUGGAGGUGCUGCUGUCAGACGUGGAGCAGCUGCGGAGCAACUGCAGCCACCAGGCCACCGAGCUGAUGCGCGCGGCCGUGGACCUGAGGCAGCAGCAGGACGAGCUGAAGGAGAGCUACUCCGAGCUGUCCAGAGAAAUGCAGGAGAUCAUGGAUUCGGUGGACGACCUGUUCACCACCAAGAGUGCCUUCGAAGCCAAAGAGAAGCAAGUGCAGAAACUGAACCGGCAGCUCUGAGGGACGCACACACACACACACACACACACACACGGACUGACUUUUUUUGUUUUUCCUUAUGGAAGAAAAACAAUACUGAAGUGGGGUGGUUUUGGACGGGGACGUGUGUUGGGAACGUCUGGAAGCGAUGGCUUCAUAUAUGACAUGUUAUCAAGAGGUUUUCAUGGCUUUGAAACAAUGAUUUAAAGGCCCAGUGUGCAGGAUUUAGACAAUCUAUUAAGGGAUAUUGAACACAAUAUUUAUUAUGUUUUCAAUCAUUUAUUGUCACCUGUUUUUGAUACUUUAUAUUACAUGGGGGAGCAGGACCUUCUUAUCACGGCUUCCGCCAUGUUGCGCUACCAUGUUUGUACAGUAGCCCAAACUGGACACAUCAAACACAGGAUCCAUCUAUCCAUCUUGUACCACUUUAUCCUCCACAAAAGGGUCACAGGGGUUCACCGGUGCCAGUCCCAGCUGACACCAAGUACACCCUGGACAGGUUGCCAGUCCAUCACAGGGCCACAUAUAGAGACAAACAACCAUCCAUUCUCACUCUGACACCUACGGUCAAUUCAGUUGGUCCAAUUUAGAGGGUCCAAUUUGUCUAAUUAAUCCUCAACUCUGCAUGUUUUUGGACUGUGGGAGGAACAUGCAAAUUUGGAACAAUGCCCUUGUUCCAACCGGGUUGUGAACCCUGGCCCGUCCAUAGAGGGCGCUAGGGUGCCGCCCCACCAGUCUGACAUGAAGAAGAAGAAGAUAGGAAUCAUCUAAUGUAAAUUAUAAAAACAUGGAAAGUCUGUGUGUAAUCUGUGGUCAAAUGUGGUUUAAAGACGUUCUCUCGCUUGUUCACAGCGAGUGCCGGUCAAGUGACGUAUUUCCUGUUCCUGUGGGGCGCACAAAUCUUUACCAUAUACUCUUGCUAUAGUGGUGGCCCUUCCAAUACAAAAGAUAGGAAAACUCUCAGAUAAUCAGAUAUAAACAUCUAACUCUGGUAGUUACCGGGACACGCUCUUGUGCUCCGCGGCAGAUCUGUCGGCGUCAGUGUGGACACACGUCUUCUCCACAGCAGGUGAGACAUGUGAUGACUGAGUCUCACCAAGAGGCAACACUUUUUUCUCUUUUCAUUAAAAUACAACCCCUCCAACAUUUUUUAUCACCAGCCAAACCAAAAGGUUUUCAGUUCUUUACAAUAAGUAAUAAUGUCACUUCACCCCUAGAUGCCACCAAAUCCUGCUCACUGGCCCUUUAAUGAGACUUUCGAAUGGCAAUAUAUGUGUAUGUGUAUGUUUUUUGAAUUUAACAGGACAAAGCCUUAAAAAAAAAAAAUUUGGAGUAUAAUUAGUAAAAAAAUAAUAUAGUAUAAUUUGUCACAUUGCUUACAUAUUAGAUUGUAAUGUGCUGCUGUCUUUACUGUAGGUGAUGACUCGACCAUUUAGAGUUUCAACCUGUUCUGCGUGCGUGUCAACAAAUGAUUAUAGCAUUUAUGUUGUCAUCGACAUUUUUUUUUUUACUCCCCACACACCCACUAACGAACUCAAACACACUCAGACCCACAUCAUACUUAUUUUCUUCCAGCACUCAGACACUCUGCAUUCAUUCAUAAGACUAAAGUAUAUGUUUCACUCUCAUCCGCCUGGAUGGCUCCUUCAACAUGCCGAAAUCUUGGCACAGGAAUGUUACUCUCCUCCGACUCCCCCGGUGUUACAUCUUCCAUAUUCCUUCUCCCGUCCAGCCAUACUCCACUGUGGUUUCACACUAAAAUAAGUCUAAAUAUAAACUUAGGCCAUGUUUGCCUCCCAGCAGCACCUCUGCUCUGACAGGCGGCUCUGUACUUAGUGGUUAUGAGAUGAGUGCAAAAGGGACAACAGAUGGAGAGCAACGUGUGGAGGAAUCGAUAAAUCUUUCACCGCACAGAUCACACUUUAUUUGGUUUCUUGUGUAAUAACUUUUAUGUGCUUUCGGUUUGAAAUGAAAUCCUGUGUGUUCAAAAACCUUGUUUUUCUUCUCCGCUGUCGGUUUGUGCACCAAAUAACACAUUCUCUUCUUUGUUUUUCUUCAAAUAAAUGAGUUGAUUCAACUUUAAAGACAACAUUGUUGGAAUGGACGACAUGUCUUUUUAUCGUCUAAACAAGAAGAUGAAAUUUUAUAGGGGGGAAUGGGUGUUUUUUGCGGUUGAAACCUGACACUUGGGCUGUGGAGCUGGUGAGCAGAGAGUGGGUGAGAAUAAAGAAAGAAAGAAAGAAAGCAGGGUGUCAUUGCCUACCAUCACCACUGAGAUGCAUGUCCCUCUGCACUGCAGGUCGAGGAGCUGUUAAAGUCACUUCAACGAGUGUAGUUCAUCAGUGGAUUUUGGUGAACAUGAACAUCCUGCUAGUCCUGGGUCUCCUACAGCUGCUGGCUAUACCUGCUUUAACUUUAACGCGGACAUCUCGCGACUACUGGGGAGAGUUCGGGGCCUAUGGGUCCUGCAGCCGCACAUGUGGCACAGGAGUGGCAAAGAGAACCAGGAAAUGUAUCACGUCAAGAACAGACGGUGGACAUAACUGCAUAGGAUCCCCCAAUUCAUUCCAAACCUGCAACACACAGGAAUGUCCAGUUGGGUCCAUGGACUUCAGGGAAGAGCAAUGCUCCCACUUUGACAGAUUUGACUUUCAGGGCAUUUAUUACUCAUGGGUGCCUUACCAUGGAGCGAGCAACCCAUGUGAGCUCAACUGUCUCCCAAGAGAAGAGAGCUUCUUCUAUCGCCAAAGCCCUGCAGUGAUAGAUGGAACACCAUGCUACGGCGGGGGCCGCACUGAUAUCUGUGUGCAAGGCAUCUGCAGGAUGCUGACCCAUGAAGAGUUUAUGGGCUUAGAUGAAGAUGUCACUGACUUGCCCUCCGCUGGUUCUGUCGCACCUGAGCCAAGCGAGACGCACACGUACGUCUAUAAAACUGGUGUGUUCGGGGAGUGCUCGGCCAACUGCAGUGGGGGCAUGCAGCACCGCAGUGUGGAGUGCUGGCUUCAGGAUCCAAUGAACCCCCACGUGGUGGAAGAGACUCACUGCAUCAGCCAGCACCUGCAGAGGCCUCACAGUCAACAGGCGUGCAACAUGCAUCCGUGUGCUGCUGAGUACAGUGUCUCAAGCUACAGUGUGUGUUCAGUUACCUGUGGGGAAGGUGUGAAGGCAAGGGAGGUGAUCUGUGUGGGACCAGGACUAGAACAUCUGGAUGACCACGCCUGCAGUGGACUGGAACGACCUCCUACUGUCAAGGCGUGCCGAAGACCUGCCUGUCACACGCACAUCACCUGGCACGUGACCGAGUACGGACUGUGCACUCGGAGCUGUGGUGGGGGUGUGAGGGAGAGGAGGGUGAACUGUUUCGACACAGAUUUGAACCCGUACCCUGAGACUCAGUGUGGACUAGACAGCAGACCUGUUUCUGUGGAGGAAUGCAACACACAAGCAUGCCACGGAGCCCAGAUGGUUCCAAGUGUACAGGAUCCAACACCACAUGAGAGCAUCAUUAGAGGAUAUGUGCCCCAUGUUACAGAGGAGCCUUCAGCUUCUGGGCCACAGACCAGUAAUGCUUACGAUCCCCACUCUCCUGUGAAUGUCCCUCACUGUGGACAUUCAUUUCAUGGCUGUUGUCCCGAUGGCCUGACCUCUGCCACUGGACCCGAGAACGAAGGCUGUCCCCACGAUGACUAUGACUGUGUUGACACUAGGUAUGGCUGUUGUUCAGAUGAGGUGACUCCAGCUCAAGGAUUUGGCAGAGCUGGAUGUCCAGAGUAUCAGGCAGCUGAGGUGCACUCACCACCCUCAGUCACUCCACCCACUGGUGAUGUGUGCACGCUGCCUCGUGAUGAGGGGCCCUGUGAUACAUGGGUGCUCCGGGUUUACUAUGACUUGGCCACUGGUAAAUGUGUUGAUUUCUGGUAUGGAAGCUGCCACGGAAAUGCCAAUAACUUUGCGUCUCUGGAAAUCUGCCACAUGGAGUGUGGGCAUGUGGCGAUGGAGCCCCGACUCCCACCUCUCAGGGGGAUGCCAAGAAGAGGGUCACUCAUGGGUGCUCUGAGAGCAAGGGCAUAACACUGCACACAGUUUUACCUCCAGCACAUAAGCCGGUUUUCUCUCUAAGUAUUUACAGUCAAAGACAAGAAAAUGUGUCGUGAAAUGUACCCAAUUUCAUUGAAACAUCAGAAUUGACAUUUUUAAUAACUUAAUGCUCUCACAUUCAAACUCACAUGAUCUCUGAUGUUAUUGAAUUUUUUUGUGACAUUCACUUUAUUCAUUUGUGCUUUGCCUUAUGGUUUAGAGUAAAGUAAAAUGAGGUCAAUGUGAUUACAAGAGUUAAAUUCUACUUAACAUGAUCAAUAAACCUUUAGCCAUUGUUAACCUUGA